GUCUGCGGUCACACCAACGCCAAGGUACGUGUCCAAAAUCAUGAAUCGAAAGUAAAUCAACAAUGCUGCUGCUGCGGAACGUAAAUGAUCGCUAAACUCGUGAAAUUGACCAGUGCGAAUAGCAGGUGCACAGUCCACUCUAAAAUUCAGAUGCACUUCGUCGGCGAAACGGUAAACAUCUGAGCACGCAGCAACAAAACACAGCAGCGACAAAAACAUUAACUACAAAAACAGCGACAGCGGAGAGCGCCAGCAACAGCAACAGUCACCGAAAUAGCAACAUCUGAAAGAAAAACAAAAUGACUAUACACACAGUGCAGCGAAAUCUAUGGGCAUCCUGCGUAGUCGUCCUGAUCCUGCUCCUCUACUGGACGGACCCCACCCGCGGAUACUUCGCCGCCAUCGAUGAGGACAAGACCAGCAAAAACUGCUUCUGCGAGUUGGAGGGAUCUAUAAACGACUGCAGCUGCGAUGUGGACACCGUGGACCACUUCAACAACAUGAAGAUCUUUCCGCGGCUGCAGAGUCUGCUGGUGAAGAACUUCUUCCGCUUCUACAAGGUGAACCUGCGGCAGGAGUGCCCCUUCUGGCCGGACGACAGUCGCUGUGCGAUCCGCUUCUGCCAGGUGGAGAACUGCGAGGAGCAGGCGAUUCCCCAGGGCAUCAAGGACAAGGGGGAGCACAAGGAGAAGGCGUCGUUUAAGUAUACGCGGGAGGCGCAAGUGGAGGGCGGAGCCUGCUCGGAUGGUGAAGACUUCGACAGUUCGCUGGGCUUCCUGGACACGAGCAUCAGUGACCAGGCGCACCGGGAAUUCGAGCUGUGGGCAAAGCACGACGAGGCGGAGGAGGACUUUUGCAUUUUGGACGACCAUGAAGAGGGCUCUCAGUAUGUGGAUCUGCUUCUAAAUCCCGAGCGGUACACCGGUUAUCGCGGAGAAUCGGCUCACCGCAUCUGGAAGAGUAUCUAUCUGGAGAACUGCUUUGGUGGCAACAACGAGACGGCUAAUAAGUUCUCCAGCUAUGUGCCCCACAUGGACCUGCGAGAUGUGUGCCUGGAGCAGCGUGCCUUUUACCGCAUUAUCUCUGGCCUGCACUCCAGCAUCAACAUCCAUCUGUGCUCCAAGUACCUGCUGUCCGAGUCGAAGGACUUCCUCGAUCCGCAGGGCGUCUGGGGUCCCAAUGCCAAGGAGUUCAAGAAGCGCUUCAGUCCGGAAACCACAGGUGGCGAGGGUCCACACUGGCUGCGCAAUCUCUACUUCAUCUACCUGGUGGAACUCCGCGCCCUGGCCAAGGCAGCUCCCUAUCUGCGACGCGAGGAUUACUACACGGGCAUUGCCGAGGAGGAUGACGAGGUCAAGCUGGCCAUCAACGAUCUGCUAACUGUUGUAGAAAAUUUCCAAUCGCACUUUGAUGAGAACGCACUCUUCAGCAGCGGCAUUGCCUCCAUUAAGUUCAAGCAUGACUACAAGGAGAAGUUCCGCAAUAUAUCGCGCAUCAUGAGCUGCGUGGGCUGUGACAAGUGCAAACUGUGGGGCAAACUGCAGACCCAGGGACUGGGCACAGCUCUGAAGAUCCUCUACUCGGAGAAGCUUAACCUGGCCACAGAAAGCGGGCUGUGGGACAAGCCGCACAUCGAGGCGGAUCCCAUUUUUAGGCUGUCGCGUACAGAGAUUGUAGCCCUUUUCAAUGCUUUCGGAAGAUUAUCCAACAGCAUAUACGAGAUGGAGAACUUCCGGCGUGUGCUGAGGUAACCCAGCAAAACUGGACCACGACCAGGGCCAACCGGAUCCCAUUCGCCUCACAGGAGCAGCUCUGCGCCGCCGCCGAAGCUCCACCUACUAGUUAAUUCACACGCACAUCGCUGGGGCUGCAUCUUGGGCAUCCUCCUGAAUGCGGUUUCCCUUCCAUAGUUCGUAACACAUGACCGGCCAGAGGCUAUAGCAACCCCAGGAUAGCUGUUUCCCUGUACAUACAAACUAUUAACCCUAGGCUACUUGUACUUUAGCGCACCACCGUAUCACCCUCAAAAUGAAGGAAACCAAAUGACAAAAAUAGAGCCCAGGACGGAUGCAGGUGUUUAUACUCAUAAGUUAGGAUAGUAUUUAUUUUACCUGGAGGAGUUUGUGAGCAGAACUUAAUGAGAUCGUAAUACGCAUUGUGCAAUAACUCGACCUUACGACACAAGGAUUCAAAAUAAAACGUACAGUCAGAUGUUUCUAUUUGAAA